GUCUCCCCUUGCCGUCCUCUAGCCUUCCGGGCAGGGCAGGUGUUUCAGUUUCUUGGAGUGCAAUAUGCAACAGAGAAGUACCAUUUCUGCCUCGAGACGCAUGUGAAGAGGUGUAGAUCUAGAUGCUCUCCAUGUCUAGAUGGAGCCCUCAGGCACCCCAGAGUCCACCACCUCUUUUGAUUAUGAUUAUCAGAGCUUUCUGUGUGAGAGCAAGACCUUCACCUUUGCCACCUUCAGCACCACCAUCCUGUACUUCCUGGUGUUCCUCCUCAGCCUAGUGGGCAACAGCCUGGUGUUGUGGGUCCUGGUGAAGUAUGAGAGCCUGGAAUCCCUCACCAAUGUCUUCAUCCUCAACCUGUGCCUCUCAGAUCUGGCAUUCUCCUGCUUGUUGCCGGUGUGGAUCAUGGGGUACCACUGGGGCUGGGUGCUGGGGGACUUCCUCUGCAAGCUCCUCAACAUGAUCUUCUCCAUCAGCCUCUACAGCAGCAUCUUCUUCCUGACCAUCAUGACCAUCCACCGCUACCUGUCGGUGGUGAGGCCCCUCUCGUCCCUGCGUGUCCACACCCUCCAGUGCCGUGUGCUGGUGACCACGGCCGUGUGGGCAACAAGCACCCUGUACUCCAUCCCUGACGCUGUCUUCCACAAAGUGUUUUCUUCAGGCUGUGACUACUCAGAAAGCAAGUGGUUCCUAGCCUCGGUCUACCAGCACAACGUCUUCUUCCUGCUCUCCAUCGGGAUUAUCCUGUUCUGCUAUGUGGAGAUUCUCAAGACCCUGUUCCAUGGACGGUCCAAACGGCGCCCCCGGACAGUCAGGCUCAUCUUCACCAUCGUGGCAGCCUACUUCCUCAGCUGGGCGCCCUACAACCUGGUCCUGUUUCUGCAGACACUGCUGAAACUCAGGGUGAUCCAGAGCUGCGAGCUCAGCCAGCAGCUGGAUUAUGCCUUGCUCAUCUGCCGCAAUGUUGCCUUCUCCCACUGCUGCUUCAACCCAGUGCUCUAUGUUUUUGUUGGGGUCAAAUUCCGCAGACAUCUCAAAAGUCUGCUCCAGCACUUCUGGCUCUGUGGGCCGCAGGCAGCCAACAUUCCCCAUCACCCCACAGGCACCUUCAAUUAUGAGGGUGCCUCCUUCUAUUGAAAGGGAGUUUGGUGGUGCCAAUGGAAGUGGACAGAGCUGCUGGAGUGGGAGCAGGGAGAAGUGGGGCAGAAAGGAGCAUCAUGGAGGGCAUGCUGGGGAAUGCCAUGGCCAUUGGGGAUAGGGGUGAAAGAAAUACCUUCCACCAGCAGGUCCUCCAUGUCUCCUCUUCUGCAGACAGUGGCUCCCAUCUGGAAACUUUAUAGUGCCAUCCAGAAAAACAUUUCUUGGAUGCUGAGUUCAUCAUUCAUUCCUUCAUUAAUUCAUUCAUUUAGACAUUGCUUAGUCCAGAAGCCUCCAAAACUUGGAAGGAUUCCCAGAAAGGAGGAUCUUCCAAGACUUUCUGAGGGUCUGAGACUCAAUGUGUUUGCUAAUUGUGCAGAUGCAGGUUGAUAGUAGAUGGUCUGUCCCCUGCCUGCCUGGAGGGUUGUGCCAGCUGACUUUGGAGGGGUUGGCUCUGCACUCCUCAGCGACUGCUGGGUGAGACUGUUCUGCCAGGUCAAGGUAAGCACAUCCUCAAAUAAGCAAGUCAGAAUGCAAUCUGGAUCCUGAAAACCCACAACUAGAUGGGAGACAUGUUCCGUGUCAUAGCUCCAGUGUCUGCCACAUGAAUUAGUACCUGAAUAUUCAGUCCAUAAACAAUCUUUUGUGGAAAGAAUGAAUGCAAUAAGCACCACCUUCUGCAUGAAGCAUUUGUUUGUAGGACAUAAAGGUAACGAGAUACCGUCACGACCGUCUAGGUACCAACAGUCCAGCUCUGAAGGUCCAGAUAAGUUAACACCGACCUUGGCCAAGGCAUCCAGGGUGAAGAUUCCUGCAACAUCUCAUCUUCUCUGGAUGGAUAUUGAGCUGAUACUUUAAAUUCAUCACUUUCCACCUAAAAUGUUCUCCACCUGCUUGGUUGACAGCACCAGCUUCCCCCAGCCACCAACACUCCAAACCUGAGUCAUCUCUGAGUCCUGCAUUUCCCUUUCUUCCACUCCCACAGCAAAGUCUUAUUGACUCUGCCUUCCCCGUGUCCCUCAGAGUUGUUCUUGCCUAUAUUCAUUGCAUGCCCAUGAUUCCAUCCCCAAAUGACCUCACUUCCUCAGCAUCCUCCUGCUGCUCAUCCCUUUCCCCACCAAGUGUCCUCUGAAUGGACACCAGGGUGCUUCAGAACCCUUAGUGGCUCCUCAUAAUAUGCAAAUAAAGCCCAAACACCUCAGCAAGUCUCUCAGGGCCCCUGCAAUCUGGUGCCAAUGAACUUUUCCACUGUUAUUCCACCUUCUGCCAUCACCCCCGUGCAGCUCAGGAUCCAACCACAAAAGACCACACCCUUCUCCCAUCCUUCCAGACACCCUUCCCCCAGUCUCCUCUGGGCCCCCAUCAUGCGGUCACCGGGGCCUGGAACACUUGUCCUUCUACUCUACUACCUACAAGCCCCAGCUGAAAGUCCAGCUCCUCAGGAAGCCCUCCCCUAUCUGAAAAUCAGAAGAGCACUCUCUGGCGUGCUGUGGUACUCUGCUUCUCCCCUCUAAAAUAGUAUUUGUCACUCUCCACCAUGUGUCAUAGUUACACUUGUUCCUGUCUUAUUUUCCUGCCCCCCUCAGACUGCAGAGUUCCUGAGGGCAGGAACCUGGUCUUGCACCCUGCCAAGCUUGGGUCCUAGUGUUCUAUCACUAUGUAGUGAGUGGGAGCAAAGAAUGACAACUGUCACUAUUCUUCUAAUUUAUGCAUUUUGGGGACCCAUGCCUAGGGAACACAGUCUACCUUUCUUGCCCGAGGCUGCUAGUUUAUAGAUAUUAACCUUUCUUCCCUAGUCUACGCUCUCAGAGCACCUUGCUUAUCCCUCUCUGUGGCAAUGGCUAUACUUGACCUUGCUUUUUAGUUAGCGGUACACAUGCCUGCCUCUCACACUGUCCCAUAGUGUCACAUCCAAGGACAGAGAUAAAACCCAUCUUUGAAAUUUUCCCAUACCACACAGACCUGGUCCCAAUCUGAUUUAGCUCUGAAGUGGGGCCAUUGUGAUUCUGACCUGCACCCCAGCUAGGUAUAUUUGACUGUAAGUCCUUGAAAAUGAGAAUUCCAGAGUAUUCCCCAUUCCCUUGAGCAGGACUUUGCACGCAGUAGGCACUCAAUAUAUGCCUGUUGAAUAAAGUAGCUACUAUUACAGCCCUCAGCUGGAGCCUAGAGAGCAUGUAAAGCAUUCACCCCUUCAGCUCCAGCUAUGGUUUCAAUGAUGCAUUUGCAAUUGGGUGGCCAGCUUUAGAGGAAUUUUAUCUGGCUGGGGAACACUGAAGGUCUAAUUUUAAAAAUUAGGCCAGUAGCACCUGUUGGAGUGGACUGGAUGGUGUACCAGUGAAGGGAUAAAGCCCUCAUGGACUUGCCAACUAAUCACUCAGCACGGAUAGAAGAGACAGCAAAAGGAAAGAGACAAUGAGGUAGUUGUGGGCUCAGAGCUAAGCCUAUGGGCUUCUGAUCAGGGUAAUCAUUCAGUGCCCUUUUCAAACUUAAUACUCUUAAAGUUUCAUUCAACUUUUAUUCAGAGGGCCGGCUGAGCCCAGGGAGGAGAAGGGCAGAGGACCUGAGCUCCAAAACCAAAGCAGUGUUGUCUUAACCCCACUCUUCCUAGAAGGCAGGCUUUGGGGUCUUGCAUUACUACAGAGCAUGCCUUUUGAGAGGUUCACUUCAUCAUCUCAUCCCAUCCCAUUCCUUCACAUCCAAAGAUGCUUCGCUAUUUCUUUCAACACAUUCAGCCAUACCCCCGAGAGCAUGUCACUAAAUACAAUCAUAUCCAUCUCCUUACAUUUCUAGUGAUGUUUUGUCAUCCCCAAGGGUUGAGAGUGGAGCGUCUUCUCCUAAUCUAGUUCCUUGGGAAUCCAAGGGCGGAGGCCAGAGAAGCAGAGGUGUGAAUGGGAAGACAGAGGGGCAUCCUACCAGAGAGGGAGCCAUGGGCAAGAUAGCUGCAAAGCGCAGCCAAAGAGCUGCACACGAGUGGCCACUCUCUACAUACCUUGACCACACCCUUGUUGGCCACAACCUCCUGCUCUCCCCUCUCUCCACCCACAGAACCAUGGUUCCGCCUCAGCUAGACUCUUGUGGGCCUGUCCCUCCCCCUCUAGUCAAUCAAAGGUGACCUAGACACAGGAUUGCAGAUCUCCUGCCACUCCAGGCACAUAAAACAUCCACAGUGGUUCCUAGGGAAGAUGUCUUCACAGCAUUUCUACCUCCCCGCUCUCUCAGACAAAAUCAGGAAGGGAGGAACCUUGCUGGUCUCUGACUUGGAACUCCAAGCCCAGGGAAGCCCCAGAACCUCAGAUGACCCUGGCCAGAGUGGAAAUUCCUCAAGGGCACAAGGCUCCUGUUACAGCUCUCGAACCUCCCUCAGUGCCCCGCGGUGUUUGUGGUUGGUUGAGUAAGUGGAUAGGAGACCAUCUUUUUGGCUUUUUUCUACUCCUGUUUUUUUCUUUCCACACUUGCUUACAUUACAUCUUCCGGUCAACCCCAGGCACCGCCCAAUGGCUUCCCACGAACACUUCCCUAGACCCCAUCAGCCCAGACAUUGCCUGGUUUGCUGAACUUCUGACAGCUCUCAUUUGUGGAACCUACCUGUGACAGGACAAGGAGGCCCAUGAGUCUGGAAAAGCCCAGCAGAAGAUAUCCCAAAGUAGACUAUCUGAGAAGGCUCUCAGGAUCUGAGCCCUAGACCCAAACCCCAAAUCCAAGCUCCUUUACUGACUCACUGUGACCUUGGGCCUCUCAGACCCUCAGUGUCCUCAUCUGUAAAACCGUAUAAAUGCCAACAACACAAAGACAGACUCUACCCGCAUGAUGGAGGUGCACAUGAGGUCAUAUGCAUAAAAAGUACUUGCUUUGCCAAUGAUUCAACUCCAAAAAGGAAUUACUACUGCAAUCAUCUCUUAAAGACAGAAAGCAUCCUUGUAUCAUAUGCGCAAAUAAAAGAU